CUAUAUUAAUUUUUGACAAUGAAUAUAUAUGGAUGAAGAAUCUAUAAUUGAUCAAUUCUAAUUAACUAUUUUUCAAGAUGCCUCAUCCUUGUGUAGUCUGUGGUCGUUCUCGCAUGAAUCCAAACAACAGAGUGGAAGAAUAUAUAUUUUUUGGAUUUCCAGUUAAUGAUGAAUCUCGUUGCAAGAAAUGGUUGGAAUUCUGUUGCAGAGAAGAACUGUAUAAAUUAACUAAAAAACAAUUACUUCAAAGGAUGGUUUGCUCUAAACAUUUUUUAGUGUCAGAUUUUGUAAAUGAAUUUUAUGAUCGAUUAAAUAGUAAUGCGGUACCAUCUAUUUAUGAUCCCAAACAAAGCUUAUAUAACAUUGGUUGUGUUUUAUGUGGUCGUUUUCGAAAAAAUCCACCUGGUCCAGAAAAUGAUAAAGCAACUUUUCAUCAUUUUCCUGGAGAAGAAUUUCGAUGUUUGGAAUGGUUAGAUUUUGUUGGUGUUGAUUCUUAUUAUAGACUUACUAGGAAGGAAAUAAUGUUUUGUUAUAUUUGCUCAAAGCAUUUUGACAAAUCUCAGUUUUUACAAGGAUUUCAUAAUCGAUUAAUUGACAAUGCAAUACCAAAUAUUAAAUACCCAGAUGAAAAUGAUGAUUAUGAUGAAGACAGGUGUGAUUUUGAUCAAGAACUUAUAGAUUAUGUAGAAUUAUUUAAUUCUUGUAAUAAAGAUAAUAAAAAGAUAAAUCCUUUGCCUUUGGCUAUUUUGGGAAGUCAGGCUUGUGCAUCUUGUGGACGUGUAAGGAGUGACCCAAAAAAUAAAAUGCAAAAGUAUAAAUUUCAUCCAUUUCCUGCAUAUGAAAUUGGAAGAUGUUUAAAAUGGUGUCAGUUUUUAGGAAGAGAAGAUAUUUUAAAAAUGUCUCCUAAUCAGAUUCGACGAUUGGUUUUAUGUUCAGCACAUUUUCAAGCUGGCCAGAAUUUCAAUAAUGGAAAUGGACCUUGUGAUGCAAUUCCCACAAUUAAGAAGUGUAAUAACGAUAUUGAAGUUCUAACUAUUGUAGAUGAUACUACAGAUAUGGAGGGAGAAGGAACUAAAAUUGUUAGAGCUUCGGUGUCAAGUAAAAAGCCUAAAAUUGAUCCACAGAAUAAGCCAACUCCUUUAGCAAAAAAACGAGGCAAAUCUAAAAGACCAAUUUUUAUCAAUUUACCAAAAAUAGAUAAAAAAUUUGAUAAUUUUCCUAUUAAAAAACUUCCUAUUCCAACUGCUAAUAAUUGGAAAUUAAUUACUAAUCAAUUUCAACCAAUUACUAUAUCUAAUAAUAUAGUGAGUAAUGUUUCAUCUGACAUAAAAAAAGUAAUUUUACCAUUUUCUGGAGAUAUUACAAAUUUAGGUGCUCCAAUUCCAGUAAAUAGUUUAUCAAGUAUACCACCAGGAUUGUUGAUAAAAAUCAACUUACCUGAACACAACAAAAAUUCUUCAAAAUCUAUUAAGAAAGCAAGAAGAAAAGUUGUACAGCAGAUACAGGAUAAUUCAUUUAAAUAUGUUAAAGUGGAAGGUGAAGUUAAAAGUGAACUUGAACAAAAUAAUGAUGUUGAAAUUGUACCUGAUAAUAAUAUUUCAAAUAUAAUCAAUUUUCCUGAACCUUCUUCACAAGAAAUGAUAGAAGCAGAUUUAAAUAUGAGUAGGGAUGAUAUAUAUAUGAAUCAAUUUGAUGAAGCUGAUAGAGAAACUGUAGUAGUAAAUGAAGAAUCAUAUUUUAAUGAAUUUGAAGAUGAAAUGAUUAUUGAAGAAACACGGCCAAAACUUAGGAUGUCAGCUAGAUGUCGAAGGACACUUAUACCAAUUCAAUGCGAGUUGCGACGUUUUCUUAAUAAGCUUAAACCUCACGUAAGGAGGUUACCAAAAAAAUCUAAAGCACAAGUCAAACUUGCCAUUGUUAAUAUGGUAAUUGAUCGGUUGUGAAAUAAAAUAAAACUUAAUAUUAAUAGUAUGAUAAUUAUGUG